UAUUAAACACACAAACAAAUUUCACCAAAGGAAAUUAAUUUCAUUAGAAAUGGAGGAAUAUAGUUUUGAUCACAAAUUUGUACAAGUGCAUGUGACAUUUUACGUGUUAUUUAGCCUCUAUAUAAGUUUACAAAUAGGAGCCCAAAAGAGUAGCAAAGAUUAUAUUGAAAACACAAACAAAUUAAUUUCAUUAGAAGUGGAGGAGGAAUAUAGUUUUGAUCACAAAUUUGUAAAUGUAAAUGGGAUAAACAUGCAUGUUGUUGAAAAAGGGAAAGGUCCUGUUGUUUUGUUCAUUCAUGGAUUCCCAGAAUUAUGGUAUUCAUGGAGGCACCAAAUUUCAUUCAUGGCUGAACAUGGUUAUAGAGCUGUGGCUCCUGAUCUUCGCGGCUACGGAGAUACCACUGGAGCACCUAAAGAGGAUCCAAGCAACUUUAACAUUUUAAGAGUUGUGGGUGACUUGGUGGAACUUGUGAAUAUCAUUGCGCCUGAGCAAGAUGAAGUGUUUGUUGUUGGCCAUGAUUGGGGUGCUAUUAUUGCUUGGUAUCUUUGUUUAUUCAGGCCUGACAAAGUUAAGGCUUUGGUUAAUAUGAGUGUCCCAUUUACACCUAGGAAUCCAAAUGCAAAGCCUGUUGAGACAUUCAAGGCUACUUAUGGAGAUGACUUUUAUAUUGUUAGAUUCCAGGAGCCAGGAGAUAUAGAAGAAGAUUUUGCAAAAGUAGGUACAAAGAGAGUGUUGGGGAAAUUUUUAACUUACAGGAACCCUGGACCAUUGUACUUGCCCUUUGAUGAUAGUCCAGUAAUUCUUCCUUCGUGGCUAUCGGAGAAAGAUAUCGAUUACUAUGCUAGCAAAUACGAAAAGACAGGCUUCACUGGUGGAUUGAACUAUUACAGAUCACUUGACCUAAAUUGGGAAUUGACAGCAGCAUGGACCGGUGCAAAAGUGAAAGUACCAGUAAGGUUCAUUGUGGGAGAUUUGGACUUAACAUACAAUGCCCCUGGAGUAAAAGAUUAUAUAAACAAUGGUGGAAUGAAAAAAGAUGUGCCUUUAUUAGAAAAAGUGGUUAUAUUGGAAAAUGUUGGCCAUUUUCUGCAACAAGAAAAGUCCAAUGAAAUUAACAAACUAAUUCAUGAUUUCUUCAUGGGCUUUUGUUCUACUUAAAUGUUUUAAAGUUUAGCCCCUUUGAAGUUUGAUUUAUAAGCAGACAUGUCGACCGAGUGUUGCCUGCUUCAGCAGCUCGACCACCACUUCUUUAUAUAUGUAAUAACUUUUCAUGUUAUUGAAUAAAUGAUUUUCGAACAAUGUUGGUUUAUACAUAUGUACCCUUUUUU